UGCUCUUCAAAACCUUUAUGAAAUGUUCGAUAGAUAUUAAACAUUGUAAACAAAAUGUUACAAAAUGGCAGUACAGGUUCAUAUAAGAAAUACUUAACCGAAGCUGCCAUAGCUUUGUUAUGUGUAUUCAUUUUCUGUGAAUAUUUCCUCUAUUAUCUUGUGCUUAUUCAGUGUUCAUGGCCUACUUUGAAUCCACGCAAAGUUGAUGCAACAAUUCCCGAACAAAGUGCAGAAGAAACACCUGUGCAUGCAAUGUUUAUAGCAGAUACUCAUUUAUUAGGUUCUAAGAAGGGACAUUGGUUUGACAAGUUGAAAAGGGAAUGGCAAAUGUAUAGAGCAUUUCAGACCAUGGUUACACUCCAUAAACCAGACAUAAUUUUUGUGUUAGGUGAUUUAUUCGAUGAAGGACAAUGGAGUAGCUCUGAUGAGUUUGACCAAUACAUACAAAGAUUUAAUUCAUUAUUCUCUGUACCCAAAAACACUCAUUUGUAUGUUGUUGCUGGAAAUCAUGAUAUUGGAUUUCAUUAUGCUAUUACACCAUUUUUAAAUCAACGAUUUGUCAAUGGGUUAAAGUCACCAAGUGUGAAAAGAAUUAGUAUAAGGGGCAAUCACUUUGUUUUAAUCAACAGCAUGGCCCUAGAAGGAGACGGUUGUUUUUUGUGUCGUCCUACAGAGAUUGCACUAAAUAAAAUAGCAACACAUUUAAAAUGUGCAAAAGGUAUAGGAAGUAAUUGUGAAAAAAGUAAUGCUAUUUCAAGGUAUAGCAAACCAAUUGUUUUACAGCAUUAUCCGAUGUAUCGUGAGUCUGAUGAAAUUUGCAAUGAACUUGAUCAAGCGCCAGGUGAUAUCAAAGAUAUUAAAUUCAGAGAAAGAUGGGAAUGUUUAUCAAAGGAAGCAUCUGAACAACUUUUAGACAUAUUGAAUCCAAGACUGAUUAUUAACGGUCAUACACAUCAUGGUUGUAGAAGAAUACAUAGGGAGAAUAUAUUUGAAUUUACAAUACCGUCAUUUAAUUGGCGCAAUAAAGAUAAUCCCUCAAUCUUACUAGCGGUAUUUACCCCUAAUAAUUACUCCGCAUCAAAAUGUUAUAUGCCUGUGGAAUCUACAGAAAUCAAAAUUUAUAUUAUUACUAUAAUUAUUUCUCAGCCAUGUACAACAGCAUACCCGCCUGCAUACGGGUGA